ACUCUCUCCCCCUCCCUCCAUCUGGAUCACUCCAUCUGUGGUCCGGAGCUCAGUGGCGGCGUAUCUCUCUGUCGUAAGGGGCAGCUUCAUUCUCUCCUGCAGGAUGUCGGGCCCUCGCACCAGCUCGGUACUUCUCCUCUUCUGCAUGGCUUUCCUCCAGAGUCCGCUGCUGGAGGCCAAGCCUCUCUCUGCCAUGCAUGGGGGCGGAGUUGCGCGCCUCCGUCGUGACCUGCGUGAUGCGCUGCCUUACGAGGCUCAGAUGAUGUCUUACCCACCUGCUGGCUUCAAUGGGCGGGGCAACGAUCUGUACUACCAGCCAGAGGCUCUGCGAGCACAGGGGCUGGGCCACGCCCUCCAUCGCCUGGAGAACGAUCAGAGGCAGGAGCAGGAGGCAGCCUACCUGGCAGGUUUACUGCGCCUCCUGAGCGAGGCAGAGAAUAACGCCCAAGCAAGACCAGAGGAAGAUGAAGAGCAGGUGGAAGGUGAUUUCCAGGAAUCGUACCCUCCAGACUAUGACGAGACAGAGCAGACAGUGAACAUGGCCAAACCCCAAGCACUGCUGGACCCCCAGCUCACCGAGGCUCUACUCAACCGCUACAGACAGGAGAGGAUGCUUCAGGCAGACCAGGACCAAGACCAGGAGAUGCUCCGGAUGCUGUUGGAGAAGGUCCUCUCGAGCCUGGUCUCCCAGAAUCAGCUGAACCCAUCCAACCGCCGAGGCAAAUGGGAAGUGGCAGCAGCAGCCAGCAUCGGACGUGACAGAGCGACGCCUCUGAGACGAGCUAGGCGCUCUCUAGACGCCGCCCCUGCCGCCUCCCCCGAUGCCGAAGCCUCUCUCCUGCGGGUCAAGCGAGUGGGCGAUGAAGACCAUGAUGAUUUUGCUGGUCAGAACACCCGGUCUCCUCAUGCUGGCCUGCAGAGGAUGAAGCGCAUCGACACUGAUCUGCCUCCACCCUCAAAGCACAGCCGCAAGCGCCGCUCGGUGACCUACGACCCCGAGCUCAUCGCUCAGCACAUCAUCCAGUACCUGAGAAAGUGAGAGAGAGAGAGAGAGAGAGAGAGAGAGAGAGGGAGGAAGACAGAAAGAUUGCAACAGUUCACAAGCUGACAGAUAUAUGCGAGAACUCACUGUAAACUGCUUCUGUCUGGCAAACCAAUGUAUCUGCUUCAGCGCUAUAAUAAAAUCGUAAACAUGUUCAAUUAUCUGUUCCACAUGCUAAUGCAAAUGAGCAAAUCUCAUUUUUAUUCACGGGUUUGCAGUAGAUGCAGAUGGUAACCUGUCAGUCCUGGAAGUUCAGAUGUUAUUGUAUUGACGCGUCACUUGAGUUCUACUUGAGACUGAGACCAAAUGAUGCUCUUCUUAAGUUCUUUUAAUCAGUGAAUGGUAAAAAUCCUUUAGCUUAAAACCUUUCUACAGUUAAGAAAAUGCAAAAUAUUUAUCCACCAAAGAUGUAGCCAUCACCAAGUAGCCAUCAUAAACACAGUGGUCAUCUUAUACUUUGACCUGUUUUAUCAACAUCACCAGCGCCUGUACUGGGAAUGAAUUAUUGUGACACUUCUAGCCUAAGUGGACCUAUUUUCAAGAAACCCUUUCAAUAUAUGACAUCAUCAAAAUAGAUCAUUCAUGGUUACUCUAAAAUGCUAUACAGCCCAAAGCCUUUCCAAAUUGCAAAUGAGUAAUGAAUCAUUAAUGGCCCACUUUAUUUGCCCACAUAAUCCUUGAGGAAUGACAACAACGAAUUUAGCCCAAUUUAGUUGCCAGAACACAGCCGUAACAGCCUUUGAUGAGUGACCAUGCUUAAAGCUGGGUCCAAAAUGUAAUUUAUUUCUCCCAUUGGUUCUUUUCCUAAUGCUGUUUUGGUUACUUAUUAUUGAACAAUAGAUUUUCCAGUAAAAGAACUUGCCUUUAUGUUCUUAAACCCUGAUCAUAUUUGGCCUGGAUUAUAGCAAAGCCCCCAAAUUAGCUCUAGGGUCCAUUCUGAUUAACCCCCUAACAUGCAGGCUCCCAUCUGGUCCUGAUCCUGGUAUACACAGCCAUUAUCCAGCAAAUAUCAUUGUUAUGCUUCCUCUCAACUCACCUGAUUCAUCUAAUCAGCUCAGAAGUUAAGAUGUUGGACUACUGUUCAGAAUUUUGUGAGUUCAAGUCCCAGGACUGCCAAUGUUAAGAUCCUGAGCAAGUACUCCAACCCUCAAUUGCUCAGCUGUAUCAGUCCCUAUGGAUAAGGACGUCUGUCAAAUGCCUUACAUGUAAAUGUAAAUCUUCCCAGUCAUUCCUGAGAGGGACAGUGAGAAGGUUCGUCAGGACCAGGAUUGUGAACUUGUGUCCUAAGUAGAUACUAUUUGGUGGUUUGAUUUCUUGGUUUUCUUCACAGCAAUAUUUCAAUCAAUUUAUGAAACACCAAAAUGUAGAACUUUUGUGUCCCAUAGCGUUCUAUCCACCUUUUAUGAGGCAGCAGUGGAUUAGGGGUAAAGGUUGUGUGUUUAAAUCCGAGAAUCUGAUACUGUUGGACCCUUGGACCAGGCACUUAACCCUUCAUUUGCUGAGUUGCGGCUCACUUUAAGGUCGAUUUUGACUAAAAGAAAAGCAUCUACAUAUCUAAAAGGUAUCAAAUGGCAUUGCUGCAAUGUUCUUGGGUCUUGAGACACUUGAUUGUGAAACUUUGAUUUAACUUGAAAGCAGGAUGUCUCACAGGUCUAUCAGAAAACUGAGGAGGAUCAUUCCAGUUGCAAAACAUUUAGUCAGGGUUCAGGGUCAGACACAGAACUUCAGGGGUUGAGAGGGUUACUCUGCUCAAGGGCCCAACAGUGGCAGUUUAAUGGUAUCAGGGAUUGAACUCACAACCUUAUUGAUCAGCAUCCCAGAGCAUGAAGCAGUGAGCCACUACUUCCUCAGAAUAACAUGCAUUACGAAGGGCAGGAUCCAAUCACCAUUUGAAUUAGAAAUUGUAUGGAAUAUAUUAAACUGUUCAGCACUGGGGUUCUGAAAACACUGAUUUGCUGUUUCCUUUACCAAGACCUGUAAUGAGAACUUGAUCCAAUUUGCCCAGUCUGCACCAAAGAUAACAUCAUCCAGUGGCUUAUCAGCUUUAGAUAGUAAGAGCCGGAUUGAAAGAAAAAAACGAGUGAAGAUUUUUUUGUGUUGAUUUUUUAACGUAUAGGACCGUUAACUGGUGUUAUCUCUAUAUCACUGAGAGGAAGCAAACACUAAGACAGACACUGUUUUCACUGCAAACUCUUUAUUGAUGAAACUGUGAGAUAUUUCAAUGUAGUAGAGGAAGAUCGUGAUUUAGUAAUGACCAUAGCAAUGAAUGUUCACAGUUUCGGUAGCUUUAUAGAGUCCAGACACAAGCUUAGGCAUGUGGGUCACUGAGAAUGUUGGUCCAUUACAUUAUUAUUAUUUAAAUAUAUUAGAUUUCACCCAACUCAAUUUAUCAGUCAGUGUGCCAGACCUUUUUCUGCUAAGACAUCAGACACUGGCAGUGAGUUAACUCUUUGGGUCCGGCUGGAGAGAUAACUAUAAUUAGGCGUUAACUAAGCACUGUGUCGUGUUCUGCUCUCUCUCGUGUUUGGACAGCGUUUGACCUGAGUGUAUUACUGAAACCUACUCUGACCGUCCUCGCUGUGGAAGAGUCAAUCGAUGUUGUUCUGCUUCCCUCCGCUUCGCCAAGUGGCUUUAGUACAUUAAUGUGCCAACAAAGCUACGACGCUGGCUGUGUUUUCACACGUCACCUCUCCUUUGGAGUCCCCUCUCCGAUUCCUCUGAUAUGAGAAUAUGUGCAAGAAACUGUGUUUUAAAACCAUAACGAUAGUUAUGCUUUUUCUUUUCCCUGUCUGUGUGGUUAUGAAAUCUUAAUCUUAUCAAUCUUAUGCAUCGGUGAGUUUGCAGGUGGGAUUGUAAACUAAUGAGGAAUGAGAAAAAUGAGGAAAAAUAUCGAGUUAUAAUAAAAAUAAAUUUGGAUGUUAA